AUGGCCGACCCAUCUACAUGUCCACCAUUGAUUCCGUCUUCGAUUACUACCGCAUACUCCAAGAUCUCACCAUACAUCCAUAAAACACCACUUUUAACAAGCAAAAGCCUCGAUGCGAUAGCCUCAUCACUUGACCCCACAGCAUUUCUCUCCGACAAUCCCCCUACAUUCGAUUCUGCCGGAAGUGAGACGAACAGCGGCGGCAGUCGAGAUUUAGACCCCACGCCAAAGGUUAAACUGCAUUUCAAAUGUGAGAAUUUCCAGGAAAUCGGCGCAUUCAAGGCCCGAGGGGCGUUUCAUGCGGUUAUGAGACUGAUAGAAGAAAUGGGCUUGGAGGAGGUCAGGAGGCGAGGCGUUGUGACGCACAGUAGUGGAAACCAUGCACAAGCUCUCGCCCUCGCAGCUUCCACGUUCUCCAUACCCAGCUACAUCGUCAUGCCGAAGAUCAGUGCCCCGUCCAAAAUCGCGGGUACACGCCUAUACACCUCCAACGUAAUCUUUAGCGGCUCUACGUCGCAGGAGCGCGAGGCCGUAGUUCAGGACGUGAUCGCCGACAAAGGCGCUAUCUUCGUCCCGCCCUACGACCACCCCGACAUCAUCCUCGGCCAAGGCACCGCGGGUCUGGAAAUGGAGGCGCAAUUCCUCGAAGAGCAUUGCAGCAGGGGCGGCAAGACCAGCGGAUUUGACGCCGUCAUCACGCCCAUCGGCGGAGGCGGCCUGCUAGGUGGCAUCGCGACCUGGUUCGCCGAUAAGCCUGGCACGCUUGUCUUUGGGGCCGAGCCGAGUUUUGAAGGUGCUGAUGACGCAAGAAGAGGUCUGCGUGAAGGUAAGCGUAUUGAGCAUGUCAAAUCACUCACUAUCGCCGACGGAUUGCGCACUCCUGUGGGUGUGAUCAAUUGGUCUAUUAUCUCGGAUCGGAAGAAGCUUGAAGGGAUAUAUGCCGUUACAGAGCAGCAAAUCAAAUGGACUAUGCGUCUGGUUUUGGAGCGGCUGAAGAUCGUGGUUGAGCCGAGCGGGUGUGUGCCGCUGGCGGUGGUGUUGUUUAAUAGGGAGUUUCGACAGAUGGUGGCGCAGAGGCAGAUGGGGUUGGAGAAGGGGUAUUGGGAUGUUGGGGUGGUGUUUAGUGGUGGGAAUACCACGGUAAAGGCGAUUAAUGCGUUGUUCGCGGAGGAAGAACAAGAACAACAGGAGAAGGUUGUCGACGAGAGACGUGAGGGUAAAGUUGGGGUCAACGGGACGAAGGAGGUAGAAGAUGUUGCGGGCUGA